AUGGACCCAAUCAAUUGUUCAGCUGUGGACUUCUCUGAUGUUCUGGCCAGCAAGAUGAGCCCCAGUAAGAUCCUCCUCUCCCUGACUCUCUCUUUUUUGGCUGUGGCCACCACGGCCAUUAACUGCCUGGUUAUCACUGCCAUCCUGAUCACCCGUAAGCUCCACCAGCCCGCUAAUUACCUCAUCUGCUCUCUCGCUGUGACAGACCUGCUGGUGGCUGUUCUAGUGAUGCCUGUUAGCAUCGUUUACAUCGCAGAGGAGACGUGGGUUCUUGGUCCGAUUGUGUGUCACCUGUGGUUGGGUGUCGAUGUUACAUGCUGCACCUGCUCAAUCUUACACCUGGCUGCUAUUGCCCUGGACCGAUACCGUGCCAUCACUGAUGCCGUGGCCUAUUCCGAGAAACGCACGUGUAAACGAGCAAUCAUAACCAUUUUUGCAUUGUGGGUACUGUCUGUGCUAGUGUCUCUACCACCUUUAGUGUGGAGGAAAUUCCCCAGUGUGGAACGCAAAGAUGGGAAGAGGCAAGUCAUGGACUGCUGGAUAGAGCAUGACCAUGUAGCCUUCACUGUCUAUUCCACUUUUGGAGCAUUCUAUAUUCCACUGACCCUCAUCCUGGUGCUUUACUACAAGAUCUAUAAGGCAGCAGAGACACUGCGCAACCGUAGAGGGAGCAGUCGAUUGGCCAAACAGACAGUGAGCAGUGUUAUGCUUUCUGGAAUGAGUUCUGAUAAAGAUACCUCCCUCAGUCCAGAUAUCUUCAGCCCAAUUGAGAAGUCAUUUUCAGAUCCAUCAACAGAUGGAGAAAGGGGCCGCAUCACUUCUUCAUCAGGGAAUCUCAUCAGGGUCCGCAGGACCCCUGGGGCUAGGGAGAGACGAGCAGCUUUAACAUUAGGGUUAAUCCUAGGAGCCUUCGUGGUGUGUUGGUUACCGUUCUUCCUGAAAGAGGUGAUUGUCAAUAUCUGUCUGACCUGCAGUACCUCUGCUGUGCUUGCAGAUUUCCUCACCUGGCUUGGAUAUCUAAACUCCCUCAUCAAUCCACUAAUAUACACCAUUUUUAAUGAGGACUUUAAGAAGGCUUUUAAGAAACUUCUGCCCCUCUGUUGUUGCAACGUCCUGUAA